AUGGUACUUGACGCCCCACCUGAAGUCCCAUUCAUUUUGAGGGUGUUUCAGCUCCUCACCGUUGUUGCGUCCUCUUUCUUCUUCGCCGUUGCUACGAUCGCCAACUCAUUCUCCAUAACCCAAGCACCGAAAACGGGAAAUCUGCCCAAGUUUCAUUUUGGCUUGGCUUGUAUCGCUGCUAUCCUGUCUUUUGCCGAAGCAGUAAUUGACCUGAAGAGAUCUUACGCCUACCAAAUCUCCGAUCCGGACGCCGUUUACGCCCUCUUCCUCUCCCUGGUCUGGGCUAUCAUCCUGCUUAGUCUUACUGGAACUCCCGCAAUCACAUCAUUCCCUCACCUUGGAACUUGUACGAUUCUUCUCGUCUGCCAAGGCGCGGUCUUUGUACUCUCCCUUCCUGGCACGGCGUCCCGGGACGAAUACCUACUUGCACGGUCCCUUCUCCAAGGACUUCAGCUAGCAGUUGAGAUUGGUCUUCUCGGAGAUAUUCUCCUCAUUCGACUCGUACAGCGGAAGAAACACACAGAAAAUGAGGAUGAAACUCGACCGCUGCUGGGCGAUGAGUCAUCUCCGAUCAGCCCCAAUCUACACAGCGAGGCACAAGGACCGGACGAGGAAGAAGCAGACAGACUGCGCAUUCGAAACAGACCAUUCUGGCAGUAUUUCGCCUCUUUCAAGCUCUUUGUGCCAUACAUGUACCCAAGGUCUCGCAGGUUACAGCUUUACUUUGGUGGAGUGUGCGUCACCAACGCUUUGACGAGAGUCGUUACAAUUGCACUCCCUCUCAGUCUCGGCAUGGUCAUUGAUGGACUCGGAGAGGUGAUUCCUUGGAAGGCAAUUGCUCUAUAUGUUCUGCUCAGAUUCUUGUUGUCACACGCUGGCCUCCCACUCGUUGAAACCUGGUUGUCUUGGCGAGUCAACACUGAUCUGGUGGUCGCGUUGCAGCGACAUUGCUUCAGUCACAUCAUGAACUUAUCGGCCGAUUUCCACGAUUCCAAAAAGUCUUCGAUCAUCUGGCAAACAAUGCAUCAAGGUCAAGAUGCGAUUGACUUGCUUCAUGACGUUAUGUUCCAAUUCUUGCCUACAACGGUCGACUUGAUUUCGGCAGCCGUGGUCCUCACAUGUCUCUUUGGGCCUUACAUGACCUAUAUAAUUGCAUUAACGGUGGUCCUGUUCUAUUGGCUAACUUUCAAGGCACUUGUCAAAAAGAGAUCUAUGCGUCGGUCUUGGUUGGAUGCAUACCACGAGCAGUAUUACCAAAUGAGCGAGUCAACCUUGAAUUGGUCAACAGUGUGCCAAUUCGGACGCAUUCCAUAUGAGAUCCAGAUGUAUAGAGAGAAAGGCGACAUCACUCAGAACAGAAUGCUCCUUUGGUGGGUAUAUGAGACUUGGACCCGGGGACUGCGCCACGUAAUUCCCUGCAUCAGCUUUGUUGCCGCAUGCAGCGUGGCCGCCUUGCAAAUCGCACAUCAUCAGCACAAAAUUGGUGAUUUUGUUGUGUUAAUCACAUACUGGGCGCAACUCACUGGACCACUAUCUUCUUUGGCAAGCGAAUUAUCAAGAGUAGCUGAAAAGCUAGUUAACGCCGAGAAGCUGGUGGCGAUACUGGAAAAGAAGCCACGCAUUCAGGACUUGCCAGAUGCUAAACCCUUUGUGUUUCUAGAAGGCGCCGUUCAAUUUGAGAAUGUUUCGUUCUCUUACGAUGGCAAACGACAAGUGACAAAGGGUGUUACCUUCCGGGCGGAACCAGGCCAGACUCUAGCAUUAGUCGGACAGACGGGAGGUGGCAAGAGUACCAUUUUGAAACUCCUUUUCCGAUUCUACGACGUGGACCAAGGCCGCAUCUUAAUUGAUGGCCAGGACAUCCGACACAUUAAGAUGGAAAGCUUCCGCAAACACAUUGCCAUGGUUCCUCAGAAUCCGGUCGUGUUCAACAAGUCGGUGCUGGAAAAUGUCAGAUACCCUGAUAUUGACUGUACUGUCGAAGAAGCUAUUGAAGCCUGCAAAGCAGCAGCACUACAUGACAAAAUUAUGUCCUUUACGCAUGGCUAUCAGGAAAAGGUGGGCGAGCGCGGCACAAAACUCUCGGGUGGCGAGCUCCAGCGACUCGCGAUUGCGCGAGCGAUCCUCAAAAAGGCGGACAUUCUGCUUCUGGAUGAAGCCACCAGCAGCGUCGACAGUAUCACCGAGAAGAAGAUUCAAAGCAGUAUCCGCCAACUCUGUGCAGGCAAGACUGCAUUCGUGAUUGCGCACCGUUUGUCUACAGUUCUGCACGCUGACCAUAUCCUUGUCAUUCGCGACGGCGAGAUUGUCGAGAAUGGCACGCAUGAAGCUCUGAUCAAACAGGAUGGCGCUUACAAUGAGCUCUGGCGUAGCCAACUUCGCCUGCAGGCUGAGGAGCGUGAAUCUAAAUCCCGGUCUUGCUCCCCAGAAAAACUGCAUGCACCCGUCCUCAUCAACGAUCUGAGUGCCAGUGGGCAAGAGACCCAAGGUUUGGUCAAGAGGAUGAGCAGAGAAAGCGAGGAUGGGGACGCAGAGCAACAAGAACCUAGAUCCACCAACGAAACAUCAAGCAUCCAGGAAGAACAGCGUCGAAGCCAUCAGGCAUCGCAUACUGCUGUUGACGCGCGAGGUAGGACGAACACCAAAAGACUUGCCCAUGCUCUGGGUAGGAAACUUUCGCGCUCAAAGUCGCCGGGGAAAAGCGGAUCGUUAGAGUCAGUUCUCAACCCCGACGCUCGAACGUUCAGACCUCGACGAUUCCAAGAUGGCAAUCACAGUACAAGUUUCUCAGUUGGAGAGAUGUCGGUUGCGAGAGAAAGCCAUCCGGGGAAUUCAGUCAACGGACAGUCAAUACAAGACAGACUCGAGACGCUUUCCAACCAGGAGAAUAAUUUCAAAGGGACGGUAGCGAAAGGUAUUCACAAUUCGCCAGACGUGGUUUCGGAGCCGCGCCCACCCUUGCUUUUCCAUUUGAAGCGAAAGUGGGCGGGACAAGGUCGUGAGGCCUUGGAAAGUAGAGAGAAACAUUCUAUCGAGAGUUCAAGAGAGGCACAACCGGAGAGCGACGGUGCCAAACCAGAAAUCAAAUCACUUUCAGGAAACGCUCGCCGGCGGUUGACUGCCAGCGAGCCUUUCCCACAGAGUAUCGAUGUCGAGGAAGAUUCGGAUGACUCAUCAGAAGAUGCGAAUGUGCUGCAAUCGGCAAAAUAUUCGAGGUUACCACAGAUUUCAUGCAGGAGGACUGUAUCAGCGGUGAAUAGAAAGACGGGACAAUCCAGUGAAGAGGAAGGAUCAAAAGGUGUUGAAACUGGAGCAUCAGUUAACACGGCAGCAACGAGCCCGGCUAUUCUCACUCCAAGAUCGCACCUGAAGGUUCCUGCCAACUCCCCAGCAUAG